UGGUCUUUAAAGCACAAGACGGAGUGUGAGAAGUGUGUUUCUUUCCUGAGCAGGAGGCUAACGUUUGUAAUUCAGACUCUCUGCUGGACAGACCUACAGCUUCAGAUAAAAAAAAAUAAGACUUGCAAGAGGAUCUGAAGCAUGAGCCAUCGCUCUCGAGCCUCCAGGGUGCGGCAGCAUGUCCACUGUGACUCCUGCUACAGUCGGCGCUGCAGGGCUCGGGUGGAGGUCUCUGUGUGCUGUGCGCUCAUCCCCUGUCGCCUGCACUGUGGGGCUCUCUUCCACCUGUGCAAGGAGGAGGAUCACCUGCUGCUCUGCCCUAACGUUAGGGUGCCCUGCCUCAAUGCAGAGUACGGCUGCCCGGUCCACCUGCCCCGCUCCUCGCAGGCAGCUCACCUCCAGGUGUGUCCGGCCAGCGUGGUGUGUUGCUCCAUGGAGUGGAACCGCUGGCCGGCCAACGACGCCCAUUCUCAUCCAAAUACAGAGCUGCAUGAGAAACUGCUCAGGGAAAGGGAGCGGAAAGGCUGUCUGGAUCUGGCCAUGGCCUUGAAAGACCAGGACCGCCUGUUUCACUCAAUGAAGAUGAAGAAACUGUUUCCAGAGCUGAUCCAGAGUGUGGAGGAGGAGGAGAAAGAGGAGGAGAGGAGAGAGGAGGAGAGGAGGAUGGAGGAACAGAAGCAGAGAAAGGCAGCAGAAAAGGCAGCAGAAAAGGCAGCUGCAAAGGAAGCCAGCGAUCGCAGAUGGGACUCUUUUAACAUGUUUGGCUUUCAUAUCACUGAUAAAAAAGAAGAUGAGAGUGAAGAUGAAGAUGAAGAUGAAAAUGAGGUUGAGGUUGAAGUUCAGUAUGAGCGAGAGCUAACCCAGGAGGAGAGAGAAGCUAUAGCCAGGGCCACAGGCUUGAACCCUGACCUGUUAGAAAACUACAACGCCUGGGAGCGCAUGUUCAGCAUGGAGAUGGGUGGCUGCAGGGAGACCGAAGAAGCUGCUGCGCGAGGCAGAGGCCAGAGGCUGGCUAAAGGGAGAGGAAAAAGUCUGGGCACUCUGACAGAGGAAGAUACAGCUGACACCUGCAUGGGUGCUGCAGCAUCAAACACCUGCAAGCAGGUGAGCACUACAUGCGCUGCUUCCUCCACAUCCUCCUCCUGUCUCACUGGAAAACGGAAGAAAUUUGAAUAUGGACACGUGGAGCCAAUGAAGAUUAUCACUGUGCGGACCUUUAAAAUCCCAACCAGCUUCUCUGCCAGGCAGGGCCGCAUCCGCAACCCUGGUUUCUACAAGAGGGAAUGUCAAGCUGUGGAUACCAGCGACCUGGGGGUGGCGCUGGAGGAGAUGCCAGUGUGGGAGGAAGUUCAGGCUUCUCUGCUGUGCUCCCUGGAGAAGGAGCAAAGAGGUCACCUCAUCGCAGAGAGCGUGUGCACAGAUGGUCUGUUGCAAGAUGAGGGCACACAGACCUACAACUUCCUGUCUGCUCCUUUCCGGAGAAACACGUCACUGGCCGACCUGACCGCUGCAAAACCGCUGGAGCUGCACCUUCAGCUGCAGGUGGAGAGCGUCACCAGCCGGCACCACAAGGCCAGCUCCGCCUUCACCUUCCUCUGCGAACACACUUUCCAGCGCAGGGAAUAUGGAAAACAUUAUAAGAACAUCCACAGCGACAUCCAGAUGGGGGUGAACGGAUGGUUCGAGCAGAGAUGUCCCCUGGCGUAUCUGGGGUGCACCUUCAGCCAGAAGAGGUUCCAGCCCUCCACACACGAGGCCAACAUCACCUACAAUGAGGAUCUGGGCUGCUUCAGCCUGCAUCCCACAAUCCCCGUCUCUCUGGGUAACGCCCCUCAGCCGUCCAGGAACUCAGCAGACUCCUCCACCACUCAGAGGAAGAGAAGAGGUCGGGGAGGAGGAGGGGAGGACUCUCUGAGCUCGCUGCCCUACGAGGUGCUGUGCCACAUGGCCAGUUUCCUGGAUAGUCUGUCCCUGUCUCAGCUGGCUCUGGUGUCCCGGCUCAUGAGGCAGGUGUGCUCCUCGCUGCUGCAGGAGAGAGGGAUGGUCACCCUCCGCUGGGAGAGGAAGACCUACUCACAUGGAGGAGCCAAGUGGAGAGUGCAGCAGAGGGUAUGGCAGUUCAGCACCUUGUUCUCUUCUGUGGACACUUGGUGCUUCCGUGAUGUCCCGUCCAUGUCCGAGCAUCUAAAGGAAUGUCCCUACAAUGAGAGAGAGUUCAGGACAGAGAAAAUUCAUCUGCCGAGCGUCAAAGAAGAAGUCAAAAGCAAAACAGGCUGCAAAGCUCCCACUCUGGUCAACUUUUUCCAGCGGAAGACAAUCAUGAUGUAGCAAAAAGCUGCUGCACGCUGCUCGAAUCUGUUAUUAUAAACAAGGGACCUUGUUGCAUGUUGUCCCUCAUUUCCCCGUCGCUGCUGUACUGUUGGUCGUCAGGGAACCACAGCUGUGUGACGUCAGAUGUUUCUAUGACAAUAACAAAUGUGCAGUUGUAACAUGAAAAAUGUAUCACACUUGCAAAUUUUUGUAAACAUUAUAGAAUUAAGAACAAAUCAGGUGUCAUUUUGCUUCACAGACAAUUCUUCUAAUAGCAUGUGCAGUGCAUUUAUACAUUUAAAAUUGCA